AUGUCUCGACCGAGUAGCCAACAAUCUUCACACCCCAGCUCUAUUUCAUCGAGGCAUUCAAAGGCGCCGUUGCCAAAUGCCUCGAUGGUCUCACAUAAAGGCAGUCGUCCAUCCAACGCACCAUACGAUCGAUGUUCAGCACACUACGAGGUGAGAGAAGAUGAUAAUUUUAGCCAAGAUGAGGACCUUUAUGAGGCUUCGCUUGUACCCGAUGAUAGUUGCAGUUCUAUCGACUCCCCAUUUCGACGAAGUAGAUUGACACAGGAACAUCAGUAUGCGAGCCAUUCACAAAUCAUGCCUUCGUUCAUGAUUCAGAACGAGCACCUUGCACAACCCAUACCGACACACCCUAAACAUGUACCUGGACACAGGGGCAGUCAAAUACCUGCUGAGGCAACUGGCUCAAAGCACAGGUCGGCCGGUCAUGGCGACAAAGAUAAAACGUCGAGUACAAGGACACGCGGCAGCUCGAAGUCGAGCAAAGCUGGUUCAUCCACCCGUCUUAGCAGCAAAAUAAUGGGAAAGUACGAGGUGGAGAUUAUCAAGUACAAGGGCAAUCUUGCUCUAGCAAGGAGGCUGGUGAAUAAACAUAGAUAA